UUUUUUUUUUUAUCAUACAACACAAAUAAAAAAGCACACAUUGAAAAUAAAACUUUUGUCUCUCUUUUUUUUUCUUUUUUGGGACUUGAUCGUUUUCUUUCGACCAACAGUAACGCAGCGACUUUGUAGGAAUAAACGUUGAUCUUUUAUUCACUUAUUAUUAUUUUAUACAUUUUUUAAAAAUAUAUAUAUACAUAUUUUUUAUUUAUAAAUAAUACGAAAAUUUAAAAAUACGAGUGUUUUAACAAUUAAAUAAUUAUUAAGUGAUUGUUUUAUUUAUAUUAAAUAAUAAUAAAAAUUAAAUUAUUCAUCAAAAAAAUAUAAUUGUUUUAUAUUUUGGAGUUAUAAACAUAAAAAAAAUAUUUAUUGUGAGUAUUUGUGUGUGCGUGUGUGUAUUAUGUUAUCAUAUGUUUUUUUUUCGAAAUUAUCUUGAAAAAUAAUUUUACUUUUUUACACAAUUUUUUGUGAUUUUAAGGUACUAAAAUAACUUGAUAAUUUUUUAGAUAUUUGUUGUUUUUAUUUUUUUUUUCCUUAAAUUAUUAUUGUUAUUGUUGUAGUCUUUUUUUUUUUUUAUUUACCUUACUUUAAAGCCUCGUAUUCUUAUCGUUGUAAAAACAUGCAAAAAAAUUUAUUAUUCUAAAAUCAUGAAAAUUGUAUAAAUAUAGCUUAAUCGUCAAUAAUAAACAAUUUUCCCGCCAAAUUAAAAAAAAACGCGUAUUUAAAAAAAGUAAAAAUUAAGUUAAAAAUGACUAUAGUUUAAUGCUGGUUUUUAAAAAAAUAAUAUUGUUUGGUCAAUUGGUGUUUUCACGAGUGAGAAGAUAAAAAAUAUAUAUAAAAAAAAAAGAAAAUAGUGAAAAUGGACGAGGAGCACGAAAUUGAUGGAGUCAAAUCGCCAAUCAAGCGAUUAGGAUCAACAAGAAAAUUACUUGUUUUUAACAAUAUAAGACUGCAAUUAAAUGAGCAGUUGAGAUGUCUAGACGUAAGAAUGGAGUCCCAGGUGGCUCUUGUUGCCGAAUUACAAGAUUUUUUUCGUCGACGUGCAGAAUUAGAGUUAGACUACAGCAAGUCACUUGAUAAAAUGGCAAGAAGUAUACAGUUACGACACAAAGAACAAAAACAAAAAAGAGAACAGUGGCCGUUAUUUUCUAGUUACACUUGCUGGCAACAAUUGGUUAACGAAACAAAAUCAUUGAGUAGAGAUCAUGCAGCAUUAUCAGAAGUUUACAGUACACAUCUUGUUGGUAGAUUAAAUCAAGUUAUGGAAGAUGUUCAACGCAUUUACAAACGUUGUCGUGAAAUUGGGUAUGAAACACAUGAAGAAAUUUUAAGAGUACUGCAUGAACUCCAUACAACUAUGAAGACCUAUCAAGCAUAUCAAGCUGAGUCUAGACAAGCUGAGACAAAGCUUCGUGUUGCUGAACAACAAAGAAGUAAACUUGAAGUUACAAAUGCACCACCAGAAAAACUAGCACGUAGUAAAAAAUACAAGCUUAUUGAAAAAGAAGUCAACAAGAGAAAGAAUAAAUACACCGAAGCUAAAUUGAAAGCUCUAAAAGCAAGAAAUGAAUAUAUCCUGUGUUUGGAAGCAUCAAAUACAACAAUUCAUAAAUAUUUUGUUGAUGAUUUAUCAGAUUUAAUUGAUUGUAUGGAUUUUGGUUUUCAUAAUUGUAUUGCAAGAGCAUUAUUAAUGCAUUGUUCAGCUGAAGAAGGACGUCAAAAAUCACUUCAAUCUGGUGCUGAACAAUUGACAAAUUGUAUUAAUUCAUUAGAUUCACGUGCUGAUAAACAACGUUUUCUUGAAUCACAUCAUGCUGCAUUUAUGAUACCAAAAAAACUUGAAUUUCAAUGUCAACGUGGUGAUGAAUUACCAGAACCAGAAUUACAAAAAGUAUUACAUGGUGAAAUGGAACAAAGACUUGGUCAAUUACAACAAAGAGUUACAUCAUUGAGAACUGAAUCUGAAGAAGUAUGGAAAACAUUAGAAACUGCUGAAGCAAGUCUUAUGGAAAUGCUAACUGCAAAGGAUUAUGAUUGUACGAGAUAUUUUGGUGACAAUGCUGUGCCAACAUCAAGACCACCAGAAACUGUUCAAAUUAAACUUCGAGCUGAUCGACGAGAAACUGAAGAAUUUUAUCUAACGAAAUUUCGUGAAUAUUUACUUGGUACAUCUAGAAUAGCAAGACUAGAUUCAAAACAAGAUUAUAUACGUCAAAGUAUUCAAGAUGCUACAAAUGGUACAAGUCCAAAUCAAUCAAUACAAAUAACAAAACAAAAACAAGCACGUAGAAAACGUAUUGGACGUUUACAAAUGAAUGGACAACCAAAAUUAUUUGGUGGUUCACUUGAAGAAUAUUUAGAAACAACAAAUCAAGAAAUACCAAUUGUUAUUAAAAGUUGUAUACGUGUUAUUAAUUUAUAUGGUUUACAUCAUCAAGGUAUAUUUCGUGUAUCUGGUUCACAAGUUGAAAUUAAUAAUUUUCGUGAAUGGUUUGAACGUGGUGAUGAUCCACUUGCUGAUGUUAAUGAUGCAUCAGAUAUAAAUAGUGUUGGUGGUGUAUUAAAAUUAUAUUUACGUGAAUUACGUGAACCAUUAUUUCCAAUAAUAUAUUUCGAACAUUUAAUGGAAUUAGCACAAUUGGAAUCAAAACAUGAAUUUGUUAUUAAAAUGAAAGAACUUAUAACAAGUUUACCAAGACCAAUUGUUAUUGUUAUGAGAUAUUUAUUUGCAUUUUUAAAUCAUUUAUCAGAAUUUUCAGAUGAAAAUAUGAUGGAUCCAUAUAAUCUUGCUAUUUGUUUUGGACCAACAUUAGUACCAGUACCAGAAGAUAAAGAUCAAGUACAAUAUCAAAAUCAAGUUAAUGAACUUAUUAAAAAUAUUAUAACAUUUUGUGAUGAUAUAUUUCCUGAUGAUAUUGGUGGUAUUGAAUAUGAAAAAUAUAUUAGCAGAGAACCUGAUGAUGUUGAUGUUGGUGAUUCACCGACAGAUCAAGUUCAAGAAGAUAUGGAUUCAGAAGUUUAUCCCUCUGAAGAUGAAACAGAAAAUAUGGAAGCAACAGCUCAAUUUGAUUUUAAUGCAAGAUCAGAACGUGAAUUGAGCUUUAAAAAAGGAGAUAAUUUGAUAUUAUUUAUGCAAGUUAGUAAUGAUUGGUGGCGUGGAUCAGUGGGUGGACGAGAGGGUCUUAUUCCUGACAAAUAUAUCAUGCUCAAAAUAAAAGAUGAAGAACGUGAUAAAGACUUUUUAAAAUCAUCCAGUGAAGAAUCAAUGCGUAGAAGAGCAUCAAGCUCAGCUGAGAGUGCAUUAUCAAGUAAUAAUUCACCAUUGAUGGGUCCAACAACAAAUCAUAAUAAUUGGCCAAUAGCAUCAAAUGAUAAUUCAUCAAUAACACACAAUGAUGUUAAUAAUGUUGUUAUACCAUCAACAAAUACAACUUGUCUCAAUCAAGCAGUCAUCAGUCGUGAGGAAAUGGCAUCAAAUAGGUCCAGCAAAGUAUCAACUCCAUCAGAAGCUGAUAAAACAGAGUAUCGUAAUCAAUCAGAUAACAAUGAUGAGAGUGAAUCAGUCAAUGAUUAUCUUGAUUCAAUAUCAACAACAAGUGAGCAAGAUAUAAAUCCAGAUGAGCCUGAUAUUGACUACGAAAUAGAUACAAAAAAAGAAUUAAAUUCACCAAAAAAACAAUGGAAAAAUCAAUAUGAAAAAUCAAAAAAUGAAACAAAUGAUAAUCAAGAUGAUGAAAUUGAUGGAUCAAAAGAUGAAUCAACAACAUUUUCAGCAAAUCGUGAACUUUGGCAACGUCGUGCAUCAUCACAAUCUCAUUUAACAAUUCCAUCAAUAACAUCAUCAUCAGCAUCAUCAACAUCAUCAUCAUCUUCAACCUCAUCACAACCAUUGAUAUCUAAAUCAUUCAGAGUAUCACAAGAAUUUCGUGAUAUGCGUCAAAAACAUACACCAGAUUUAGUUAUGGAUUUGCCAUUAUCAGCACAAGAUCCAACUAAAAAAUCAUCAAGUAGUCUUUGUUCAUCAGAUGAUGAUAAUAUACAUCAACAAUCAUCAAGUGUAAAUGGUCCAGAAUCACCUGAUAUGAGUACAGCUGCUGAAAGAUUUGCAAAACAAAAUCAAUGUACAUUAAAAAAAAAUACAAAAACAUCAUCAAAUGCAAAUUGUUCAAGUGAUAUGAGAAUAAAAUCACUUGUUAAUGAUGAAGAUGAAGAUGAUGAUGAUAAUGAUGCUCAGGAUGAUGAAGAUAAUAAUGCUGAUAUUAAAGAUAUUGUUAGAUCAGCAAGUAGCAGUGAAUUAUCAACAAAAGAUAAUUUAUUAAGAUCACCAUUACCCCCACGUUCAACACCACUUAUUGCUGCUAAAUUUGCUGAUAUGAAAUUAACUGGUGGCAGCCAACAGGUGUCUUCAUUUAAACCACACGUUAAAAUAAAACCAACAAUUUUACGUAAACCUAUUUUACCAUUUCCUCAUUCGCACAUGAGUCCAGAAUUAGCCAGAAAAAUUGAAAAACAAGUCCAAAAUACUGAACAAGCUAAAUAAAUUCUCUACUUCCAAAUAAUAGAUUUUUUUUUUUACAAAUUUUUUUACAAUAUAAUAUUUUGCAAAAAAAAAAAAAAUAAAUAAACUUUCAAAAUAAUCGUAAUAUUUUUCUAAAUAUUUAUCGAAUAUUUUGGAUAUCCUGUUUGUAUUAUUUUUUUACAAAAAAAAUAUGACAAAAUAAAAAAUAAAAAUAAAUUUUUCUUGAAACUUGCAAAACGAUACAUCUAGUCGUCACAUUUAAAAAUAAACAACAAAUAAAAUUACGUCAAAUUUAAAAUGUAUAAUUAAUUUUAAUUAAUUUUUAUGUCAUUUAGAAAAUAUAUAUAUUUUUUUUUUCUUUAAAAAUAAUAAUUGUUGUUAGAAGUAAUAACACGGUGCCGAAAUAUUUAAAAUGUAAUAAUUUUAAUUAAUCUACGAAUGUCAGUUGAAAUGUUCGAUAUUUAUAAAAAGAAAAGAAAAUAAUAACACCAAGUUACGAAAUUUAAAUAGUCAAACAGGGUGAUAGCCAAAAUAUUAACUGGCAACUCGUACUAAUAAUGACCUAUAUUAACACUUUCCACAUUUGAUAUAAAUUUUAAUUUAUUGUGUAGUCAAUAAUGCCUUUUUUUUUUUAAAUGAAAAAAUGUUGUUUAAUAAAUAUUAUCAAUAUAUAUUAGGUAAAUAAAAUUAAUUGAACAUAUAGUGGCAUAUAUAUAAAAAUAUAUUCUUUAAAAAUUACAUGUUUUUUGCCGAUGAUGAUGAUAUAAUAAAAUUUAUUUGUUUUUUUUUUUUUAAAUUUAAUAAUAUUACUAUCUAAAUACUUCUAAAAAAAAAACGAAGAACCAAAGUUAAGGGCAUGACACCAAACAUGACACA